UCCCCGAGUCCUGUCAGUGGACAGACAUGUACCCAGCGCAAGGAGCAAUAAUUAAAUCAAUGAUUUUUCUCUUCAGCGACUAGCACUUGUGUUUCAAGCCCGUUUAGAGGUGCUACGUUUAUUAUCCGCGUUUAGAAAUCUUUCAAACGUUUGCGCUGGAUCUGUCGUGCAAGAAGAUGUGCGUGGAGAGCGAUGGAUGUGAGAUCGAGGGGUGCAGCAGUUCGGAUGAGGUGCACACGCUCUCUGGAAGCAUGAGCCCGACCCUUAAAUCCACCUCGGACCUGCAUCCUUGCAAACCCGGACAGAAAUUCCGUGCCGCAUUACUUCGAUGCCGGUCUCCGUUCGUUGCCGCCGGUAUUCUGAGUUUUGGGAAUGUGCUCAAUUACAUGGACAGAUACACCGUAGCAGGUGUACUGCUUGACAUACAGAAACACUUCGAUGUUAAUGACAGCGGAGCUGGCCUGUUGCAAACAGUCUUCAUCUGCAGUUUCAUGGUGGCCGCACCCAUUUUCGGUUACCUGGGGGACCGUUUUAACAGAAAGGUCAUUCUGAGCUGUGGCAUCUUCUUCUGGUCUUUCGUGACGCUUCUCAGCUCAUUCAUCACCAAAGAUUAUUAUUGGUUGCUGGUGCUGUCCAGAUGUCUGGUGGGAAUCGGAGAAUCAAGCUACUCCUCCAUCUCUCCAACCAUCAUUGGAGACCUGUUCACCAACAACAAAAGGACCGUGAUGCUCUCUCUCUUCUAUCUGGCCAUACCACUAGGAAGUGGUCUUGGAUACAUCCUGGGAUCCAUUGCUAAAGAUGCUGGAGGACACUGGUACUGGGCACUGAGGGUUUCUCCGAUGUUGGGGCUGACUGCUGGAACACUCAUCCUUGUUUUCGUACCUGAACCAAAGAGAGGGUGUGCUGACCAGAUCGGCGGACCUAUAAAGACACGCUCUUCCUGGCUAUGUGACAUGAAAGCUCUUGCCAAAAAUCGUAGUUAUGUCUUCUCAUCUUUGGCGUCGGCUGCCGUGUCAUUUGCCACCGGAGCGUUUGGCAUCUGGAUCCCUCAGUACCUGUUCAGAGCUCAGGUGGUGCAGAAGACCGCAGUGACCUGCACCUAUCAGCCCUGUAGCAGCAAAGACAGUUUGAUAUUCGGGGCCAUCACCUGCGUGACAGGAUUGCUGGGAGUGGUGAUCGGCGCUGUGACCACACGACUCUUUAGGCAGAAGACGGAACGUGCCGACCCCCUGGUGUGUGCGGUCAGCAUGCUGGGCUCUGCCAUAUUCAUCUGCCUCAUCUUUGUUGUGGCAAAGAAGAGCAUAGCGGGCGCAUAUAUCUGCAUUUUCAUUGGAGAGACGCUGCUGUUUUUGAACUGGGCCAUUACGGCGGACAUUUUAAUGUAUGUUGUCAUACCAACUAGAAGAGCCACUGCUGUUGCCUUUCAGGGCUUUACCUCACAUUUACUAGGGGAUGCUGGGAGCCCAUACCUCAUUGGCCUGAUAUCAGAUUCGCUGCAGAAGAGCUACGCCACGUCAGUGUUAUGGGAGUUCUUGAGUUUGGGCUACGCUCUCAUGCUCUGCCCAUUUGUCAUCGUGCUGGGAGGGAUGUUCUUCCUCGCCACCGCCCUGUUCUAUCUCGAUGAUUGUGAAAAAGCGGAGCAACAAGGGGACCCGCUUUCCGGACCGCCUUCCACUAUAAAGGUCACCAAAUGACGUGGGCAAGCGGAAGGAUGAAUUCUUGCAGCUAACUCACGAUACGCACAUGCAACAUUUUCUAUUCUCAUUGCAUCAUCAUCUCUGCUUUAUUCGUUCCAUUUGGUGAAGGCUGUUUGGAAGUCACACUUUGCUUGCCCUGUGAAACCUGGAAUCGCACCAAUCGGCUGCCGAGUGGCAAAGCGAUGAACAAAGGUCAGCAUAUCAGCAGCUGGUGUGCAGCUAUUAAUGAUAUAUUAUAUUAAAAAAAGAGUCACCUGGGCUCUAGAUGGGUAUUUAGAUGAAGAUAAGUUAGCACUCUCUGUGCCAUACUACUGAACACAGCACAGACACACGCUCCCGUCCUGUCACGCUGCCUGUCGAUCUGCACCAAGUGCCAUACCAUCACAUUCCUAAUGGAGACCAGUACCGAUCAUGCUAACAGUCAACAGGGGCUCACCAAUAAACCGGAUUCCACACAUGUGUAAGAUAUGAAGCUUAAAGAUUUGCUAAAUCGCAAAUACCAACACUAUGCGGUGAGCCCUGCCUUAAGAACGGUGUAGGUCUGGUCCCCAGUCUUGUGUUUCUUUUCUUAUUACAUGUAUUUUUCUUUCUUUUUCUUAGCACUUACCAUUUUAAUGCAGUGCAAGUUACUCCAUGCAGCCACGCAUGGCACAAGAAACAUUUUCAUUCUCUAACUGUGCGUUUAUAAAAUCUAAACUGGAGGAAUUUAUACGGACAGCAUAAAUAAGGACACUGGAUUGUAAAUAGUAUCUUUUUUACAAAAAAACUUUGUAAAUCCUUUCCUAUUCUUUCAUAAUUCGAUUAGGAGUUAUUGAGCAGUCCGCCAGGUUAAACAGGACACGGGCACAUCACACAGUUUGCCCAAGAGAAAAUCAGAAAAACUGAAAGUAUUCGGACAAGUGAACAAAGACAAGGAUAUCAUUGCUUAUCUUGUGACAGCGCAAAAUUCUUUCCACGGUGCCGGGUUACACACCCGGCCAGGCAAACUUUCAUUUAACUGGGCUUCAGAUUCAAAGCUCGAUCUCUAUGAAUGAAAGUCUUUGUGUGCUGGGUUACCUUGCUCAUUUGGUUUUACUUAUCCCUUUCCUGAAAAAGGUAGAGAAAGGCUGAUAGUGUAUCAGAGUCGAUUCCAUCCUUUUUCAAAGAGGGAUGCAAAAUACUGACGUGUUUUUUUACUUAUUUUGAUUAUUAUAGGAAUUUGGGCAAAUCUGGUCAAGUCACAUGUGGUGCAUAUUGUUUCUAAAGGACUUUCAGUCUUUCUUUAAUUCUGUGGAUUGAUUUUUAGCUGUUUCAGAGCUGAUGCAGAUAUAUGAAGAUGUUGCAUGAACUAAGAAAAGCCUUAGGAACGAAAGGAUACUAAAGUUGCUGAAUCUUUUGCUGUUAUUGGCCAGUGUGGUUUAGCUUUGGAGUAUAGUUUUGUAAUAUAUGCAAUUUUAAGAGUUAGCUUUGACAGUGGCAAUAAUUAGAAUAUGCUCAUAUUCAUUUCGAUUUCUCAGAUCACACCACUGUCACUUUUUGGUGUUAGCAACCAAAUGUUUGCCUGCGCCUGAAGCCGUUGAAGUAAAUCUGUUCUCAAAGGGAGAAUUUCCCGUCAAGAAAAAAAACACCUUGCCUGUAUAGUGUAGUGUUCAUCGGAAGAAUGGGAAAAGCUUUAGCAUAAUCUUUUAUUUUGAAGGUCUGAUUUAACAUGUCAUGUGAAAUUACCGUCCUUGUUCGCCGGUCUAAGCUUUGAUGCCAGAUGAAAAGCCUUUGAAUGUGAUUCUGUCCAAUCCAAUGUGUUUACACAUGCAAAUUGACCUUAAUGAAGCUUUUGUACUAUUGUGUCUUUUUUUCUUUCUUUUUACAAAUAUGAUUUUUAUAUAUAAACACUAUAAAGAUAAACUAUAUGCAGCAAUUUUAAUAUAUUGUAAACAAACUGCUUUGAUGCCAUGUAUUUAUUAUAUUUUUACUUUGUUUAUUUGCUACCCAUGCUGAUAAGAUGGUAUAAAGGGAAUAUAAUGUUAUAGAUAAUGUACAGUUCGAUUUUGGUUUAUUUGUGUUUGAAAAUGCCCACGAAUCCUCAUCACCAGUGAAGAAUCUCCAUUGUUCAUCUCUGAGAACUGUGUUCACAGGUCAAAGAGACCCGAGCCAAUUAUUUACACAUGCACACAUACACACGCACACAGAGGCACAGCAUGCCAAAAAAAAAAACAUCAUUAUUUUUGUUAGACCACUGAUCUGAUAAUUUACCUGAUUGUUUUUUUGCACAAAUGUGUGACUCGUGUGCUCAUCAGGGGGUUUUGUUUUACUGUUGAAUCCAAUAGUGUUACACUGGCAUUUUGUAAGUGCUAGCUUUGAGGGAUUAUUACCCAUUCACUGCCUGGCUACUAGCUUUUUAGGUUAUAAUUUACAUUAUAUUACAUUCUGUUGAUUAUUAUAAAUAUUGUUUAUUUGUUUGAAAGGCAACACUCACAGUGAUCUAAAGAUGAAUGACUGGCCUUAUAUCUGUAAUGCCAAGUUUAUGCUAACAACAAAUCAGAUGCGUAAUUGUGUGAGAUCAUUGUAAUUGCAUAAUGGUGAGAGUUGAGUAUUUCAGAAUGCAUAUUUUCUUGUCAUACAAGAAUUCUGUCAAAUGUAACCUAUUUCUGAUGUCAAGCAGAAAUUCAAAGGUGAUUUUAUUUUUUAGAGCUUAUGUGAUUAUAAAGAAGAAAAGUAUCUAGAAAGUUUACUGUGAUGCUCCCACGGGGAUAUACACCCUAUAUGUAACUGAUCGAAAUAAACUUAUUUAA